AUGAAACUUUAUAAAGUGGCUUUUGUAGGAAGUUCUGGAGUGGGGAAAACUUCUAUAGCUCUAGAAACAAAACGUAACCGGUACAAGGCUACGAUUUUAGCGCUACAUAGAAAAUCCCUCACUGUGGAUUCUGUAGUUUUAGCUAUGGAUAUACUUGAUACUUCAGGUUCUCAGGAAUUCGUGUCGAUCAGAGAUGACGCGAUCAAAGCUAGUGAUGGAUUUAUAGUGGUAUACAGUAUCAUCAGUGGGGAUUCAUUCAAAUCUAUUUCCAAAAUGAAGAACGUAAUUAAGGCUUUAAAGGGUUUGGAGGCGUUCCCUGUUGUUCUUGUUGCCAACAAACUAGAUCUGGAAAGACACAGGGAGGUGCCACGUUUUGAGGGCGAGACGUUAGCUGGGGAAUGGGGUUGUCCUUUCUUUGAAACUUUUGUGAGUGAGGAGCGUUUGCCAGUUGUCUAUGAAGCUCUUGUCCGGCAGAUGAACAAAAGCAUCGCCAUUGUCUUUGAAGACGUUGGCCAGCAACCGAAAGAGCCUGUUGUCGGACAGAAAAAGGAAUGCACGUGUGUCAUCAUCUGA